UUACCUUCUCUAACCGGCAGGGGGCAACAUUACCCAGUAGAAAAAGAGUUGGAACCAACAGCAGCAGCAUCACCAUCUGCACAGGAUCAUCUGCUCUUCUGACAGUCGGCGCUCGGCAGGCUUCCUCUUCAUGAUUUUCACGGCUGCCAGCUUCAACUGUACAAAACACAAGUACAUGACUGAGAACUCUGCAUCUCAUGAUGGACAAGAAAAGUGCCAAUGGCUUUCAGACCAAGGCCAGUGAGGGCGGUGUUCAGAGGAAGCAAUUACCCUAUUCAGUGGAGACACCCUAUGGCUUCCACCUGGAUCUUGACUUCCUCAAAUAUGUCGAUGAYAUCGAAAAAGGGAAUACAAUCAAAAGGGUCCACAUCCAGCGCAGGGUAAAGGGCCCAGCCAAAUUCAGCACUCUGCCAAGAAAUUUCAGUCUCCCUGGCCAUGGUGUCAGGGCACCCCUUAGGGAAAUGGACAGCACAUGGUCUGGGACAUCCACCUUAGGGCCAAAGCCUAAAUCACGUGUGAUGGAGGUCCAGCAAAUCUUUGACUUCCGGGCAAGUGAGGGAGGAAUUCCCRGCCAUAGCAGCAGAGGGACAACUAGUCACGGAACUGGAUAUGCUUCCACUAAAUCUAGAGAUGAAACAGGGACAGGGCCUCAAGGUGUUGAAGACAAACCUGCUUCAACUCAAAGUCGUCCAAAUCUCCUAAGAGCCUCGAGCAUGCCCAUCACCCUUCAGCAGCGCAAAGGCUCAGAUUCCAGCAGCCCUGACUGCAGUGUGCCCACACCAGAAAAUGGCUCAACGGAGAAYGUGUUCCGUGCUUCACCAGACAUAAUCGAAAGACGGUGUCUUCCACAAGAUCGGGCAGGUCUUCACCAGCAGAUUACGGUGGCUUUGAAGAGAGUCAGAGAGCUAGAAGAACAGGUCAAAACUAUCCCAGAAUUAAAGGCUCAGAUCUGCUCUUUGAGGGAGGAACGUGAGAAAUUGUUGCUUCAGUUACAAGCUCAUUCCCAAGUGCAGGUUUCUGCAUCAUCCUCUGCAGUAGAAACAGCUGAUGACACAGGGUCAAGAAGUCAUUCCCAGGUGGCAACACAGCCCACUGGAGUUUCAGUUUCUGAGAGYGUGCUAGUAAAAACAAAAGAGAGAGAAGGUGGGACAGAGAGAACUAAAGCGUUACCAGAGGAGAGGCAGACUUCCAUAUCACAGAAACAAACUSUACCAUCAGACAAAUUAGACAAACAAAAAGAAACCCCCAAAAGGCAACUGGAACAUGCAGUGGAAAACCUAUCAAAGGAAAGUGAAGAACAGAAAUUAGUAUCACUUAAGGUAAUUAGAAAAGAAAAAGAGAUUAGCAGUAGUCAAGAUAGUAAUGUGGCAAAAGAAGGACGCUUUGAGGACCAAAACGGAAUGCAGAAGCUGCAGGAGAAGCUCGUAGUACUGGAGACAAAACUUACUCAGGCGAGCCAAGAGCUCGAGAAAACAAAUGGUCUUUUGAAAGAACAAAUGAAAGAGAACAAAGCAAAAGAGGAUAGAAUUUUACAACUAAGUGAAGGGAUGAGAGUGGAAAUUUGUACCACCCAAAUAGGGCAGCCAAGAAGAGAAAGYAUUGAUAAGGGCACAGUCACAGAAAAUAUUAAUUUCACCAAUCAAAGCAAAGAGACAGARUCACCCGCUACUGUAGAUCAGGGGACAGAUACAGAUACAAUAUGUAUUGAAGUGGUUGUACCCAAACCAAGAGCUGGAAGUAUAGAUCAAGGAACAGUGACGAGUAAAAUGGACCUACAGGACCAAGAAACAGAGAUAGAGGCAGAGAGAACAGAGGUGAUUCCACCUCGACACAGAGCCAACAGCAUGGAACGGGGCACGGUAACGGAGAGCAUUAUCACUCAGGAUCAGACGACUGAGACGCCUGUUGCUGAAAGAGUGAACCAAGUGACGGAAACAGAGGGAGAGACAGUAACAGACCAUCCACACAGACUGAGGGCCAGCAGUGUAGACCGAGAAACAGAAACUGAAAGGGUGAACACUGUGGACAGGGUCACAGAGACAGAGGUAGCACAGAGGACAGACCAGCAAACAGAAACAGAGACAGAAAGACAACAUUCCAACAAUCCAAGCAGGGAUGCGGCAACAGACAGUCAAGAGAGGGAUAAUGAAAAAAGCCAAAGAGAUGAGGUAGGUACUAUGGUCAGUGACACAACAGAAGACACAAGAACAGAGGAAGCCAUUCAAAGAGAUGAUGAAAGUAUUAUCGUGGAAGKUUCUACAGAUAAAUCACUUACAGUUGCUGAAGACAAAACUUUAGAUUCAGCUGUUGWAGAACUGACCAACGUGGUUUCCAGUCCAGUUUCUGUAACAGUGGAUAAUAAAAUUGAAGUCAGUACUACCCAAAAGGACUCAGAAGUAAAAGAAACUCAUCCCUCAAAGAGUGUGCAAAUGGUUGAACCCGAGAAGGUUGUUGUGGAGACAUCAGAAAAAAAGGACAAAGAAAAAGAAAAAAUUGCAUGUAAACCAGUCAAAAACAAUGUGAUCACUGACAGUGUCGUAGGAACAGAAGAGAGUUCAGUUGUAAAAACAGCCGCUCCUGUUAGACCGCUGAGAGGUCGGAAGCCUUCAGCAGAGCAAGCACAGCCAUCACCUCCUCAACCGCAGGCAGCACCUGUGCGCCCUCGUAGGGGAUCCAGUGAAACUCAAGCUCAGCAGACCCCGACAAAGACUCAGACUGCAACCCAGCCGGAGGCUCAGUCUUUAGUACCGAGCUCCGAAUCGCAGGAAAAACAUAAAACACCAUCUGUGCCUCGUGUUGAAGACCAUAGCCAAGUUAAGAAGUUGCCUGAGGAGUCACUUGAGAAACAGUCUCCCGCACAACCCAAGGCURAUACUCAAAGCCCUUCCCCAAGCUCCGGUGAAGUCCAAGUAAGACCCAAAUCAAUUCAAGCCCAUUCUAAGUCUCAAACUGCGUCUCGUCGGGACUCAAAAGAGCUCAAAAUAUCUCACAAGGGAUCCAGCGUAUCACACAGUCGUGAACCAGGAGAAACAAAAACUCGUCCCACUCACCAGGUGUCAAGUGAUGCUCACCCUCAACCUCAGAGUUCACGCAGAAGCUCCAGUGAGGUUCCGCCAUCUCAGAAAGAUGCCAGUGAGACACAAUCRCUUCGAAGGGGCUCCGGUGAAGCUACUCAGCGUCGAGGUUCAAGUGAAGCAAAAGCUUUGCGACGAGAAUCCAGCGAGUCUCAAUCUGCCCGCAGAGGCUCCAGCGAAUCACCGACGUCCCCUGCAGCCUUGGGACAAGUUGUAACUCGAUUAACAGGGCUUCUUGGGGAGCAGUGGGCACAGCUGGGGAGCAGCUCUGGAGCUCAACAGAUGGCCACUCAACAGGAAAGCCCCAGCGCACAGAAACAGACGACAACUAAAAAGACAGAGGCUGGAAAGGGGACCUCGGCCAAGCCCGCAGGCAAAACAGCCCCAGCAGCAACAACAACAACAAAACAAGCGGGCAAGCCUGGAGCUUCCAAAAUGAGUUCUAUUCAGAGUCAACUGGUCAGCUCCCUCAGUGUUCUGUCUGCCUUCUACUCUCCAGCACAGAAAGCAGCUGCAGCGAGCAAACAGCAAGAACAAGGUCUCAAAUCCAUUAUGAAGAAAAAUGGUGUUGCCGACAAGCAGGGAAGCAAGGGAACCAAGAAAAACCUGAAGUUUGUUGGGGUGAACGGAGGCUACGAGACGACGUCCAGCGAGGAGUCCAGUGGAGAUGAGAAGUCAAAAGUGGAUGCGGAGGAGGAAGAAAAAUUCGAACCAGACGCGGUGAUGGAAAAGGACAAGGAGUCUGAGGAGACAGCAGAGAUCCAGGGAGCAGAGGCCUUGUCUGAAGGAGGAGGAGCCGCGGGUGAAGAGAAGGAGGUUGAAAAAGGCCUGCUGGACUUAGAAAGUGGCCACGAGCUGCUGGGGGAGCAAGAUGAGGG